CCCUCCCCCCCCCCCCCCCCAAAAAUCCGAGCCACCAGCGCUCCCCUCCUCCACUGGCCAUCCGUAGCCACAUGACCACAGCCAUGUCGUCGUCCGGCCUAUGCGGCGUGUGCGGCAGCACGGGCGAUGCGUGCGCCCACUGCACCGAUCUCAACUGCGCGAUCCCGAUGUUCCCGGAGGCAAGUCGGGAGCACGAAGCCCUCCAUGAGUUCCAAUUCUUCGGGCACGACAACAACGUCGCCUGGCUUUUUAACGAUCCGAAAGCGUGCGAGCCGCGGGAGGAAGAGAGGCCGCGGCCGGUCGUUCCCGCUUUCAAGUACUUCGAUAGCAGCUUCCGUGAAGCUUGCAAUCCCGGGCAUGGGCUGACCUUUGAUGCUUGUUUAAGUACGACCAGCCCACCGGACCGCGUCCAGACAUCAAUGGAGGGUCCGCCCAUGGGGCUGGCGGCAAAAAGUGCCACCAUCGCGUCAUUUUCUGGCAAUAUGUUCACCGAUGCCUCAAGCGGAAACAGCAAGGAGGUUGUCGAUGCCAAUGCUUCUAGCCAAGGCGACCCCAACAUGGAGAGACAAGCCAAGGUCAUGAGGUACAAAGAGAAAAGGCAGAAGAGACGGUACGAGAAGCAAAUACGGUACGCAUCAAGGAAGGCAUAUGCUGAAAUGAGACCAAGGAUCAAAGGGAGGUUCGCCAAGAUUCCUGAAACAAGCCAGACAGCAGCUGAGCCGCCUCCGGAUUAUGACCCAGAAAGGCUUGACCUUCGAUGGCUCCGUUCCUAACAGGCACCAUGCAAGCACUCCUAUAAUAAUUAAAUAAUGGAUUCUUAACCGAAACUUUAUGUUGUGGUUUAAUCAAUUGUCAUAGGAAUAUAACCUGAUAAUCUG